AAAAAUCUGAGAAUGAUGGAAUUUUCUCCUUAAAACUAAUAAUAAUAAUAAUAAUAAUUUUCACCUGGUUUAUUUGCUUGCCCACAGUUCCACUCCUCUUUCUUCUGCCUUUCAACCCCUUUUUCCCAUUCUCUCAAACGAAACUUCUCAAUAAGUACUCGGAAGAAUUUCCUAUCGAAUCUCACAACUGUCAUCCCACAUUCCACCUCCUACAAUCUUCACAGACACAAAAAACUGAAGAAGCCCAGAUCCAUUUCUCAGGAAUUUCAACCACCCCACAUGCUCAAUCAUCAUUUGUGGUUUUGUGUGGUCAUGUUGUGUAUUUCUUUGUAGGCAUAGAUCUUGAGCUUAGAAUUUUGGGAUUUUUCGGUGCAUUGUAGCCAAAACCCAAGUAAGGAAAAGUACGAAAAAGGUGAAUUAAGAAUUUAAAAAACAAUGGUGUUUUGGGAGGGGUAUGUGAGUGAUGAAACAAUGGGGACGUUUGCUCCAAUUCUAGUGUAUUGGAUAUAUGGCGGGUUUUAUCAGCUGCUGCCUCCUUUAGAUAAUUAUAGACUGCACACCAGAAAAGAGGAAGAUGAGAAGAAUGUGGUGCCCUUGCCUUCAGUUAUUAAAGGUGUUCUCGUGCAACAACUUUUCCAGGCAGUGGUUGCCGAAUUGCUCUUUCUGGUGAGAACAUCUUUAAUGCUUAAAUUUCUUAGUUUACUUUAUUUUAUGAAUUUGCAUCGUUCUGUUCUGUUUGUAUAAUGUUGUUCAACUGUUAAAUUAGCUCAUACAAGGACUUGAAAACGUCUGUCUUUUUCCCCAUUAAAAGUACAUACGUUGUGGCAUCAUGUAACAAUUUCCUGUCCGGUAAGUUACGACCAGUAAUCAAACUUUUUCUAUGAAUAUUUGGCAUUUAGUGUGUCACAGUGAAUGAUUAGGUAAUUUGAGUACUUUGCUUGAUUUGAAGUCAGAUAAAGGCUCUUGUUGGGGAAGUUUCUGGUUGGAUGAUUGUGUCGUUUCCUGUAUGGUUUAAUCACAAAUUUCAUUUAAAAACUUGGAAUGUUUGGGUUUAUCCUGCUAUGGAUUAGAAAAUUAGUUCUUCUAUGUUUGCCUUGCUAGUAAAGAUACUCCUAUAUUGGUCUACUUCUUUCACAGAUAAUGUGCUUAAUGUUCCCUCUUCAAAUUUUUAGAUUAAUGACUGAAAUUUCUUGGUGUAGUUUCGGCAUAUAGUAAGGCUACAAGUUGGCUUUGGCCUGGCAGCCUUUAACAAUAUGUGGGAGUUAGUGGAGAAUAUCCUAGCUUAAAAUCUUUUGUUGCAAGAAGCAUGUAUAGAUAUGCUGGAAAAAUUGAUUAUGUCCGCAUGUUUCAUGUAACGAGUGGAAGGAAUACCAGAAUCAGUCAAGAUAACUAAUGAUCUCGCUCGUAAUGGUAUCUAUAUUGGCAUGCUUUUAAAUUUUGAUUCAAUAAUCUUCGUCAAAUCUUACAUUGGAAAUGCUGAUCCUCGCACUGGAGACCACUGAUAAUAAACGCUACUACUUAGAAGAUUUUGUUUCUUAGGUUGUGAUGGAAAACACUAGAAUUGCAGGCGUGAAACCACUAAUUUUGGGGAGAAGAGUGACAGAUGUGAGACUGUGUCGAGGCAAUCGUUUUGUUUCUUUUUGUGAUGACAGCAGGCAUUUCAAAGAUCAACAAGUUUUCUGGUCACUAUUAUGUAACAUGUUAAAUGGAAAGCUAAAUGCAAAAUCAACUACAUUUAAAUUUCCUUUUCUUUAACGAAAAUGUCUAGGAUCCCUUUCUAAGUCUCUGGUAAUUUACUAUGCUCAUAUCAGAUACUGUAACUAAAGUUGGAUUGAAGAUGUAACCUUCCUGGAACAGAUUACGUUUUGCUCCAGGGUUAUAAUUGACUAGGAUAAAUGGUUUUAUUCUGCAAGGUAAUUUCUGCCCUUCCUGAAAGGAAAGGAAACAGAAACAGAAAUAACAAACUUAUGAAUGUAUGACGUAUAUGCUUUGAUGCCUCAACUCCCAAAUCCUUUCUAAUCAUAUUGAUCAUUCUGUGUAGUCUCUUUACUGAGGUAUAGAGGACUUUCCUGAUCUUGAAAGAUCUCUUCUUUUGCUUAUGUGGAAUAAUAUUUGCUAGAAUGUUCUGGGUUAAUUGCUAGUUUUAUUAGGGUCAGCAAAUCUUUUCCACUAUGUUGUUUUCUUAAUUAUAUGUGGUUGAACAUGCUUGUAGCAGAAAAGCUAGAUCUGCAUUCUUUGGGGUGAUUAAUAGGCAGCACUUAUUGGGAUAAAAUAAAAUUUAGAAUAGUUCAGUUCUUCUGGUUACAUUCUACUUAUAGAAUUUCUAUUCUGAUUCUAGUUUUGAUGAUUAUAAUUUUUAAAAGAUAAUUUGUGGGAUAUAGGUUCUGUAGUUAUUGCACAUUCCACGACACACCAUCUCUCCAUAUCUUUUGCUAGGACCCAAAUCUAAUUUUCAUAUUAAAUAGAUAACUGUUAGUGUCUUAUCUCUGAUUUGGCUAUAUAGGUUUGUGAGAUAGUGUACACGAAGUACAACAGCAAUGACAAGACUUAUCCUUGUAUUGUAUUAUUUAGAGUCAGAUAUUAUAAGGCAUAUUGCACCUUCGUGUUCUUCUGUUUAUGUUUGACAUCUUCCAAGUUUUUUUUCCUGUUACUUUUAAUUUGAGUACGUAUGUAUCUCUAUCUACUAGAAGCAUACCGGUGUCUCUGGAGGUCUCCACAUGUCUAAACGACCUUAUCCACCCUUUUGUUCUCCAAUCUUGCUUCUACAAAUGAAGGACAUGUUUAGUUGUCUAGUUUCAUGCGACUAUCGCGAAUGCUAAUGUCUACAGUUUCUGCCAUCCUGCACUUGGCAGAAAUUUUGGAAGAGUUCUAGCAGUAAGAAGUAGAGAUCUUGUUAACAUUGUUUUAGUCAAAAUGCCUGUCUUUGUUAUUCAUCUCCAUCAUAUUCCAGGAAAUUGAUUAUACCUUUGUGUGCGUUGUGAUUGUUUAUCUGUUGCAAUCUUGACCAGGAUGGAGUAGAUGAUAUAUAGGUCCAUCUCUUCUCAGGAAAUGAGGAAACCUUGCUUUGAUCAUGCUUUUCUUUUCUUGUCUCUCAAAGAUAUAUGUUAGAGAAUUAUUAUCAUUGAUUGUAUCAAGGAUUGUUGUGCAACUAUUAGGUGUGGAAUUGUGGAUUGUUGAUCUUGAAAUUUUUUUGUUGUUGUUGAAAUGGAUUGAUCUUCAAACUGUCUGAAAUUGAGUCUCGGCCGGUAUUUUGGAGGCUAUGAGUGUUUCGUUGGGGAACACUUACUGUGAAUAAAUGAUACAUUGUUUUAUAGAUAUAUCAUCUUUCUGUUCUUGGCACAUGAGUUGAACUACGGUUUGGUCACCUAUCAUUUGGGGAUGAACAACUUCUUGCUUUCUUUGCAGUUGACCUCAAGUAAUUCGACUGAAGUCGUAGUUCAGCCAUCCAUAACUGUCCAGAUUGUUCAAAUAAUCAUUGCAAUGUUUGUUAUGGACACGUGGCAGUAUUUUGUGCACCGAUACAUGCACCAGAACAAAUUUCUGUACCGGCAUAUCCAUUCUCAACAUCAUAGGUUGGUUGUGCCUUAUGCAAUUGGGGCCUUAUAUAACCACCCCCUCGAAGGUCUUUUAUUAGACACAUUUGGUGGUGCCCUUUCUUUCCUGGUCUCUGGAAUGACUGCAAGAACUGCUGUGUACUUCUUCUGCUUUGCUGUCGUCAAAACCGUGGAUGAUCAUUGCGGACUUUGGCUUCCUGGCAAUAUAUUCCAUAUGUUUUUCCAGAAUAAUUCUGCAUAUCAUGACAUUCAUCAUCAACUCCAAGGCUUAAAAUUCAACUAUUCACAGCCAUUCUUUCCCAUCUGGGACAAGCUUCUUGGAACAUAUGUGCCGUAUAGACUUCUGAAGCGACCUGAGGGAGGUUACGAAGCAAGGCUGAUCAAAGACUAAUUGCAGUAUCACGAUCUAUGUUCAUUCAGUUUGCUGCAGCGAAAAGCUUUCCCUGUCAAUUGUUUUGAUGCUCAUGGAAAGGGCUUCCUAGAUCAUCAGCGACGCUGAGGCAUCAAUAUUUCACAGCAUGAACUGAAGUUGUCUGAUCAUGACCUGCUCGGAGAGUUUGAUAUUGUUCAUUCUUUUCCCACUUCUGAGAUUUCUUUCUUUCUUUCUGCAUAGAGUUUCAUGUGGAUUUCGCUAACCUUCUGAAUGGGUUGUAAGCUCAUCGUGAGCUUUAUAUUGUGCAGUAGUAGAUGAUCCCUGAUUUGCAACUUGCCUUUUUUCUGACUGGCAGAUUGACAAUGCUGUAUUGUGGUUGAAAUGUAAGAAGAAAGUGCUGAUUAUGCAUGCAUUCCUGUAUAACUUUCCAGUUGAAGGCUACUUGCUUUUGGCAUUACUAGUGUUUUUUUUUU